AUGAGCCAAAUAACACCCGAAGACACGUUUACCCAAAAAGUGCGCCUUCUGCGAGCCGAUUACCAGAGAAAGAGGGACAGGAGUAACCUUGUUCCUCCAGCUGGUCGACCAGUGAUAGACCUAAAAGUGGACAUGGUUGACGGCGUUCUCUACUACACGUAUUGGUACGAAGGCGAGGCUCGUCAAGGCCAGUGCAUCCGGUUGGCUGCCAUACCUGGCACCCUUUCUGGUGACAUACUCCGUCUAGAGCAGAACCUGCCUCUGCUGGAAGGCGACUACGAAGUUGUUGGUGACCAAUUACGCCCUCUCGAACAUGCUCCACUGCCUCCUGAGCUAGACGAUGACUCUGAGGAUCUCAGUGCUCUUCUCGCAUUGCUGCCUGUGGUGAAAGUCGACACCAAUAAACAUUUCACCAAGAAGGGCAAAUACAAGAGUGAGAUUCAAAACCUGCUCAAAUGCCAAGGCGGAUCCUGUCCGGGAGCGCCAAAAUCCAACCACAUCAUUCAGCUACUCGGAAAAUCAUCUGAGGAUGAGCUGGUAUUCGAGAAAUUCAGGGCGCGCUACACCUUAGCAUUAGUGUAUACCCUUGCUGUGUACAAAAGCUGGAUUCUACAGCUAAUCUCUGGGCUGAAGUGCCUCCAUUCCCUUGGGAUAGUUCAUCGCGAUCUCCGCAUCGACAAUCUGGUGUUCUCUUCCGAUGGUUCUCGCCUACUUAUCUGUGACCUCGAGUCUCGUUGGGGGAAUCAUCUGGCGCCCGAGAUCUCCCACGAGCCGGUGUUAGAAGCUGGCUGGACUGAAAAGUCGGACAUCUACGAUCUAGGUUAUGUUAUAAAGGGCAUGAUAUACGGAAACGUCCCGAUUACACAUCAGGUGGAAUGGCAUGUUCCCGAACCUCUGGAUGCCAUUGUGGAUGCUUGUACUCACGACGUGCCAGAGGAACGUCCAAGUCUCGAUGAUUUGUACGACAUGGUUAAUGAAAUCGACUUAAACAUGAAGACACACGUGUAGCUCGGUUGUUUUGAAGAGGAUUAAUGAAAAUAAGCAGGGCUAUUAGCAGGGAGCCAAGAAUUCAUGUAUGACAUUAGUUAGGAAGGUCCUAGUUUAGAGACAAAAACGAAAGAAAACCAAUCGCU